GUACUGGCAAGCUGUGUGGUACACAGUAUUGUUGUACAGGCUGGCGUGAGCAUGGCAUACUUGGCUGUAUUGUUGCCACAACUUGCAGAUCCUGACAGUAUUUCUACGGCCACAAAAGAUCAGAGCUCAUGGAUUGCAAGCUUGGUUAUCAUUGGUACCCUCAUUGGUUCACUAGUGACAGGACCACUUAUGGCUCAGCUGGGAUGCAGAACAACAUGUCAGUUGAGCUGUGUGCCAUUGGUUGUGGCAUGGGUGGUGGUGUGUCUGGCACAGAGUGUAGGAGUACUGUAUGUUGGGCGACUUCUGGCAGGAGUGAGUGGGGGUUUAUCCACUGUGGCUCUGGUCUAUGUUUCUGAAGUAUCGAAUCCCAAAAUUUGUCCCAUGCUUCUGUGCCUCAACAGUGUAUUUGUGUCAUUUGGUAUUCUACUCACAUGCGUCCUGGCACAGUGGUUCUUUUGGAGGGGGAUGGCUAUCUGGUUUGGAGUCCUGGCUGCCAUGAGUUUCCAGGCCCUGUGGUUCCUACCUGAGAGCCCACAUUGGCUGGCCACUUACAGAGAGGAGGAGGGAGGAUCUAUUGAGGCAGCAGUCAGGUGAGUAGCAAGUGCUACGAUUUCUAACAAGCAAAGGAAAUAAUGAAAACAGUAACUGAGGACAUUCAGCUUAUCAUUAAGGCUAAACAUAGAAGAC